AUGAAUAUAAACCAACUCAUUUAAAUUAUCAUAUGCAUCAUACACUUUAUGAACCAAACAAUUUUUAUGAUACUACUAAUGAAGAAACACAGAAUUUUUAUAAUACUACUAAUGAAGAAUCACACAAUUUUUACAACCCUACUCAUGAAGAAUCACACAAUUUUUAUUACACAACUCAUGAUGGAUGUAAUGUUCCUUUAAAUUAUAACAAUGACUACGAUUAUAAUUACUUUGAAAAUGAUAAUUAUAAUAUUAAAAAUGUUAAAGACAAUUUGGUAAAAAAAGUUAAUGAUUUCAUGGAAUCAGAUAAUUUAAUAGCUAAUACCUUUAAAGGUAUAGCUGGAGGUGUUACUAGUUUGUUCGGAUAUUAA